AACGCUUACAUCGAUAGAAAAAUAUCAGCUGUUAGCGGGCCAUUUAAAUUUGAACACAAACGAGACGACCGAUCGGAAGCGGGCUUGCUGAUGUUGUGUCCCUCGUUUACUGUUUUCUAUGCGAUAAAGAACUAAAGAUAUUUGUCAAGAAUGGACCCCUUUACGGCGAGGAUGUUGGAGCGUGCCCGCGACCGACAGCGGCGGGUGGACGGACGCACUGGAGCCACCCCGGCCGCUGCCGCCGCUCGCAGUCCCCUGAGGGCGGGGGCAGGUACCAAUGCCGGACACAGCGAACCACAACUGACUGAGAAGUCGGUCAGCCCGCGGCGGCCGGUCGCCAAGCCGGCGGAGGACAAGGAGAACCACCCGAACGUUCUGCACGAGAGCACCCGCAGCCGGCUGAAGCAGCUCGGCUCGCUGUACUCCGCUGACGGGGAGACAGACCUGGAUGCCUACGAGGUGGAGGUGACGCCGCGUCACUCGCGGCCGGUGCCGGAGCCGGAGCCGCAGCCCUCCUCCCGCCCCGCAGCGUCCAGCUCCUCGUCCUCCACCGGCCUGCGCAGCCGACUGGCCGGGCUGGCCUCCCAGUACCAGGAGUUGGACGCAGAGGUACCCGCCCCCGCUCCCGCCACCUCCCCGGCGCGGCAGUCCCGCCCGGCGGCCCGUGAGCCCGCGUCCCGUCCCUCCGAGCGGUCCCGAUCCCCGGUGAAAGCUCCCACCUCCGGCUCUGUGUCCCCUACCCGCCCCGUCUCUCGCUGGGAGGUUCGCUCCCCGUCUCCGCUGCGACGUCAGAUCACCGCCGGCCAGCGACCUCCACCUAACGACGCGCCGCCGUCCGCCUGUCUGCCUCGGCUCGACUCGGGCUGCCACGUAGCCACGGUGCCCGCUGGAGGCCGUGUGGAGGCGGCCGCGCCCACCGUGUCGCACCAGUUCCGACCGACUGGGCCGGAGCGGACCACCGUCACCACCGAGGUCAAGGUUAGCGUUGGAGGCGACCGACACCGCGCCAGCAUGCACCUGAGCCCCGGCAGCGGUCCGCUGCGCGCCGAGGCCGCGCCUGAGCCUCCGCCAGAGGUGACGCAUGUGUCGCGCGCCGAGUACCGGCCCAAGGGGGCGGCGCGCCGGCCGCUGCCGCAGCACCCCGACCCGCCGGCGGCCGAGACCGCGCUGUCGCUGGACGAAGAGACGGUCCGGUCGCUGGAGAUGCAGGGGUUCACGCCGACCGGCUCCCGCACUCGUCUGGUGUACGACUUCUCCGAGGGCGGCCGCUCGCCGUCACCGCCGCGCGUGGUCGCUGCCGUGGCCAAGCCGCCGUCUCCGGAGAAGCCGGCCUCCCCGCCGUACCGCUCGGCGAGUCCGGUCCGCUACAGCCCGCCGCCCCGGCCGCAGCCGACCUCCCAAACCGGUGCACCAUUCGGCGGCUCCUCCCGGGACUGUUCACCGGAGCGCCAGCCGUCUCCGAUGCGUCAACUAUCGCCCGUUCGUCAGCCAUCGCCCGUGCGCCAACCAUCGCCCGUUCGUCAGCCAUCGCCCGUGCGCGGCCGGCUAGUUCAGGAGCGAGCCGCUGUGUUCGACCGGCCCGCCUCUCCGCCGCCGCCCAACGUGGAUCCGACCGAGAUGACCCUCUCCGACCGACGCAAGCUGUUCGAGAAGGGACAGGCGCCCAAGGUGAUCGCCCGGUUCGGCACGCCGGUCACCCCUCACAUGCUGAGACAGCACGCGGCCACUGAGGGCGCCCCGCAGUCGGCACCCGCCGCCCGGUCCCGGCCGGCCCCGGAGCAGAGCCGGCCCCGACCGGCACUGGAGGAGACCCGCUCCAGGUCGCCGCUCAGGCAGACAGCGCCGGCCGCCGCUCCGCCGUCGGGACCUCCCUCUCCGUCCCGCGCCGUCGGAGAGUCCACGUUCCAGGCACACCGCAAACUCUGGGAGUCGAUGAACAACGACUGGCGUCAGAACGAGAUCGCCCAGAGCAGCCGGCAACAGCGUGAGAAGGAGCUGGGCUUUCUGGCCAACAGGUGGCAGCACAAGCCGGCCGAGCUGGAGGAAGCUGCGGCUACCGCCAGACCGAUGGAAGAGAUGGUCCCUCAGCCGCCGGCACCCCCGGCCGCUCCAGCCGGUGGUAUUCCUCCGCCUCCCCCACCGCCGCCGGCCAGUCCUCCGGCCAGACGAGCUGCUGAUGAGAACCGCGCCAGCCCCUCACACCACAGCCCGAUGCGUCAGAGCCCCUCGCGCCAGAGUCCGUCCCGACAUAGCCCGGCGCGCCGCGGCAGUGCGGCUCGUGUCAGCCCCUCCCGGCAGCCAGAGACGGCCACAGAGAGUCAGCAUAGCUCCGGGGAGAGGCCGGAGCGCUCCCGCCGGCCUUUCCAGGUGCGUGUGAAGCCCGGCUGUCUGUACCCGAGUCUGUCCGAUCUGGACACGGCCACCAGCUCCCAGACAGAGUCCGAGCCGGAGGACGGCCGCAGUGGCUCCUCCCCCGGCAGCACAGUCUACCGCGGCGGAUCGACGGCCGCAGACGAGUCGACCAUUUCGUACGCCAGCGGACACAGUGAUGCAGAGAGCCUGGGAGCUGAGAUCCUGGCGAUGGCGCGCGCCAACCAGCCGCCGCCCAGCCUGCCCACCAUCGACGAGAGCACGGCGGACUCGAGCAGUGACAUGUCCGGAAUGGCCGCCUGCGCCGCCAUCGACGACGUCCUCGACGAUAUGGACAACGACGACGAAGAGCCAACUCCGCCGAAACGCACACGGAAAACGAUCCUGCGACGGUGUUUGUCCCAACCCUCUGCAUCCACCGACUCCACCGUCUCUACCGCCGCUUCUACUGCCUCUACCACCGCCUCUACCGCCUCUACCGCGUCUACCGCCGCCUCUACCGUCUCUACCGCCGCGUCUACCGCCUCCGACACCACCCUAUCCACCACCUGCGACUCUACAUUCGCCUCCGCGCACUCUACCUCCGCCUCUACUCUCUCCACCGCGGUACAUCCAACCUCCGACAGCCGAACUGCGUCUGUGUCUCCGAGUGUCGCCCAGCUAAUAGAACGAUUCCAACGUCCACCACCGGGCCCAUCCGGCCCUCCUCAGCACCGCCGCUCGGCUCCGUGUCUGGUCACGCGCCGACCGCCCGCGCACACCCCUGCCUCCCGACCGGCGACUGUGCGUACCUCGACACCUCGCCGCUCGAGGUCGGCCGUGUCGGUGCCUUCUGCCAAUGUGACGGCUGUCCUACCGGCCGGGGGAGACUGGGGAUUGGGGGAGGGGGAUGAGGGAAGUACGGAAACGUUAACCGAAGAAGGAUUCGCUGAAGCUGCGUCGAGGAAGUUUAGGUUGGAGAUUGAUUCGGGGAGUGUGGAGUCGACGCAAUCCAGUCAAGUUGCAAGCUCGAAUGGUGCCACACAGGGCAGUCACGAUCAGGACCUCGCCCCGACUCCCAGCAAGUCUAACAGAACGUUUGACCUCAGCUCCCCUGCACCUCUGACCUCUGACCUGGGAGCGGUUAGCUGGUCGGGUCGCUCCCCUCGCUGCUGGGAAGAGGAACAUGAGAUCGAGGCUUCAAACAGAGGAGCGCCCGGUGCGUCUCUCUCCAGACUGAGACAGUAUCUGUUCGCUGCUACAGCGGGAGAGAUGGUGCCGAGGCAAUGUUUGGAUCCCACAGACACGGAGUCGUACACUCAGAGUGAGGGUGUUGAGUUGGAGAGCGGAGACACCACUGCGGAGUCGGAUCUGUCAUACAACCGGAGUAAGCACGUCGCUACGAUGGAGAAAUUCCUUACUCCUGUGGGUAAAGUGCGUGAUCUUGCAUCAAAACUCGAGAAGAAAUCCUCCAAGUUCACCACCAGCUCGUCUGACGUGCCCCCGUCUGCGUUGACCGGCUCUGAGUCAGAGAGCGGAGAGGGAGCCUUGGAGAGCUCCUGGGCGGGUCCGUCGGUCGGUGCGGGAGAUGUGACUGUGUCGGAUAUAGUGUCCCAGCUGGAGGCGGUGUGUCUGAGACAGGGCGGCGGAGACGGGGAGGCCGCGGCGGACCGGGAGACUCCUUACCCUCCUGGGGAUUCCUCGGACCGUAUCUUGCCGACCGGAGGUCUCAAAAAGCGUCAGAACUCGGGCGUGUUCCGCACCCCGAUGGCGUGCGUCCAGUCGCCGGAGCAGGACCCCCGGCUGCCGUCCGUGCUGCUGGACGGAGACGGCGCCGAGGUGCCCCUGAUGCACUCGGUCAGCUUCUACCGCAGACAGAAACCACAGGAGGUGCAAGUGACUCCGGUCCGUCAGAUCGUAAGGAACAGGGAGGUGCCGUCCCGCGGUGAUGAGACGCCCUCCACCAGCCAGCAGCAGAUGGGAGCCAGCACGCAGGAGCGAAUCAAACACCUGCAGAAAGAGGCCACGCAGCAGAUGACGGUGAUGUCCCAGGCGAGUCGGGCGCUGAACCUCUGUAACUCCACCAUAGAGUUCACCGGAUCGGCAGAAAUGGUGGAGGCCGAGCGGCUCCUGCUCGUCGCCACACACCGCCGGCAGGCGGCUCUGUCGGAGAUCCAGCGGCUGAAGACGGAGGGCGCCAUGCGCCAGCAGGGGAUCAUCCGCCCGGCGUCGCGCGGUACACUGAGCGUCAGUUCCGUCACCCUGCCGCUCAAGACCUCCUUCGUUAGAGAGGUGGCCGCCGGAUCCGCCAACUACGUGUACUACUUCGUGGUGCUGCUGCGUUACCGCGGACAGGUGAUCGCCACGCAGAUGCUAUCAUCUGAGGACUCCAUCAAGGGAAGCGCCAUCAACUUCCCGAACCUGGUCAGUUUCCGCGAGCUGGAGGCCGAGUUCGGCGUGGCGCUGGAGGUGUACGGCCUGCAGACCCAGCGCGAGGUGCUGCCCCACGACGCCAAAUACCACAUCCGCAAGGACCGGACGAAGACGCCGAAGAAGCUGCUGAAGCAGCAGUCGUCUCUGACCUCGCCGGCCAUCCAGUCGCCGGCCGGGCCGGGGGCCGUGCGGGCCACCUGUUUCCAGCUGAUGGGCUUUGUUUACCUGACGGCACGCAACCUGACCAACACCUCCUGGGCGCUGGAAAAGGUGCCCACCCAGAGCCCCCUGGACGGCGGUGUCCUGAUGACGGUCACCUGUCACGCCGAUUGCGCCGUCGAGGAGCGCGGCUUCAUCACCGUCUUUGACGACGUCUCUGGGUUCGGCGCCUGGCACCGGCGCUGGGCGGCCCUCUCCUCUGGCCGGCUCUCCUUCUGGCGCUACCCGGAGGACGAGACCCGCGCUCCGCCGACUGCGGAGGUGGACCUGCGCCGCUGUGUGACCGAGAGGGUCGGUCCGGUGCCGCGCGAUAUCUGCGCGCGGCAGAACACGCUGCUGCUGGUGACGGUGCGCCAGGCGCGGCCCGAGGACCAGGACUCGCUGGUGAUGCAGCGCAGAGGAAACAUGACGCGCGUCAGGCACCUUCUGUCUCUGGACGGCCGGGACGAGCGUGAACUGUGGGCCGACAAGCUGAACGAGACGCUGGCCAACAUCCGGGCCUGGGAUCCGGAUGCCAUGCAGCCCCACCUGGACCCGUCGGCCUGAGGGGUAUGCUCGGCAGAGGGUUAUUUAGCGUGGAGGGGUGUUAGGCACGCCAUGUAACCCCAUCUCUCGGCCUGAGGUGUCUGCUUGGCAGACUAGGGUCUGUUAGCGUGGGAUAGCGUCGGCAUAGAAGCCGCCGGUGCGCAAGAGUGGAGGACAAUAUGAACCAGGGACCACAUUUAGCCCUUCAUCGCAAGGUAUCGUCGCUUGAAGCCUCCGGACUCCCCGAGACUAGCUGGUGGCCGACGAGUAGGUGUUGUGCACGCCUUCUUAGAUCACUGGAGCGGACGCGAGCUGUGUACCGCGCGGGACCAUUUCAUUAACACUAGGUGUCACCAUCCAUUGUUUAACCAAACGUAUCUGUGUCUUCCCACGGGCUUGUGGGGUUGAUAGGGUCACUCAGUGCAUAGGGCUAUGCUUGUCGUGGCUAGACUCGUUUUCUUGUGAGUAUAAGAGGCGUCACGGUGUUCGCUGCAUUGCCACACUGUGAAACGCGAUGGCCUGCGAUCGACUUUGGCCGACCUAACGUCGGGAAUGAGCGAAUGAUGCGAUACUUGUUUAACCACGGGAAAUUUCUAGUAAGUUCUAGCGCGGUCGCGAUGCAUUUGCUGCGCCGAUGUUGAGUAAAUAAGCGUAAUCGCGAGUGCUUUACGUGGGUUUUGGGGCUGCUUGAGCAUGCUUCUCUGACUUGGUAGAUGUUUAGAAAUUGUAGCCUAAAUGUAACUGUGUAUAAUUGAUGUUAGCUUUUCGUGCCUUUUUAGGAUAUUAGUUGGGACUAUUUGCGAUAGUUGCCGUGAGAUUAUUCAAUGUGUACGCUGAUUUUCAUCUUAUCUCACUCUUCCCGGUCUGCGAUGCUGUGUAAAUAGUAAAUACAUCAUUAAUCACUCUU